CAGCCGAUGCGAAGGGCGGGGCCGCAGCUAUAAGAUCGCGCGGCCGCGGUCCCCGACCCUCAGCAGCCAGCCCGGCCCGCCCGCGCCCGUCCGCAGCCGCCAGCAAGACGCGCCCAGCAUGAGGGAGAUCGUGCACAUCCAGGCCGGCCAGUGCGGCAACCAGAUCGGGGCCAAGUUCUGGGAAGUCAUCAGCGAUGAGCAUGGCAUUGACCCCAGCGGCAACUACGUGGGCGACUCGGACUUGCAGCUGGAGCGGAUCAGCGUCUACUACAACGAGGCCUCCUCUCACAAGUACGUGCCUCGGGCCAUUCUGGUUGACCUGGAACCUGGAACCAUGGACAGUGUCCGCUCAGGGGCCUUUGGACACCUUUUCAGGCCUGACAAUUUCAUCUUUGGUCAGAGUGGGGCUGGCAACAACUGGGCCAAGGGUCACUACACGGAGGGUGCGGAGCUAGUGGACUCAGUCCUGGAUGUCGUGCGGAAGGAGUGUGAAAACUGCGACUGCCUUCAGGGCUUCCAGCUGACCCACUCGCUGGGGGGUGGCACGGGCUCCGGCAUGGGCACGCUGCUCAUCAGCAAGGUGCGUGAGGAGUAUCCGGACCGCAUCAUGAACACCUUCAGCGUCGUGCCCUCGCCCAAGGUGUCAGACACAGUGGUGGAGCCCUACAAUGCCACGCUGUCCAUCCACCAGCUGGUGGAGAAUACGGAUGAGACCUACUGCAUCGACAACGAGGCACUCUACGACAUCUGCUUCCGCACCCUCAAGCUGGCCACACCCACCUACGGGGACCUCAACCACCUGGUGUCAGCCACCAUGAGCGGGGUCACCACCUCCUUGCGCUUCCCUGGUCAGCUCAACGCUGACCUGCGCAAGCUGGCCGUCAACAUGGUGCCCUUCCCCCGUCUGCACUUCUUCAUGCCCGGCUUCGCCCCCCUCACAGCCCGGGGCAGCCAGCAGUACCGGGCCCUGACCGUGCCGGAGCUCACCCAGCAGAUGUUUGAUGCCAAGAACAUGAUGGCUGCCUGCGACCCGCGCCACGGCCGCUACCUGACGGUGGCCACUGUGUUCCGGGGCCGCAUGUCCAUGAAGGAGGUGGACGAGCAGAUGCUGGCCAUCCAGAGCAAGAACAGCAGCUACUUCGUGGAGUGGAUCCCCAACAAUGUGAAGGUGGCCGUGUGUGACAUCCCGCCCCGUGGCCUCAAGAUGUCCUCCACCUUCAUCGGGAACAGCACGGCCAUCCAGGAGCUGUUCAAGCGCAUCUCCGAGCAGUUCACGGCCAUGUUCCGGCGCAAGGCCUUCCUGCACUGGUACACGGGCGAGGGCAUGGACGAGAUGGAGUUCACCGAGGCCGAGAGCAACAUGAACGACCUGGUGUCCGAGUACCAGCAAUACCAGGACGCCACGGCCGAGGAGGAGGGCGAGAUGUACGAAGACGACGAGGAGGAGUCGGAGGCCCAGGGCCCCAAGUGAAGCUGCUUGCAGCUGGAGUGAGGGGCAGGUGGCGGCCGGGGCCAAGGUCAGCAGUGUCUGACCCCCAGAGCCAUCUUGCUGCCGACACUGUACCCUGCUUUCCCCCUUGCCCUAGGGCUCCCUUGCCACCCUCCUGCAGUAUUUACGGCCUCGUCCUCCCCACCUGGGCCAUGUGUGUGCUGCUCCUGUCUGUCUGAUUGCAGCUCCAGGCCUGACGUUUUAUGGUUUUGUUUUUUACUGGUUUGUGUUUAUAUUUUCGGGGAUACUUAAUAAAUCUAUUGCUGUCAGAUACCCUU